AUGAGAGACGGGGCUUUUUGUGGACGCAACGUGACCAGACUGUGGGAACCGCAGUGGCCUUUUGAGCCAAUCCACGGAGUGCACUGCGCCGCGCUGGACGGGGACGCUGCGGGGGGAGGGAGUGACUACAACCCCCAUAAUGCACCGCGCCGGACCAGGGGGACGUGGCGAAUGACUACAACCCCCACAAUGCACUGCGCCUCGCUGGACGGGGACGCGGCGGGGGGAGGGAGUGACUACAACCCCCAUAAUGCUCUGCGCCGCGCUGGAAGGGGCCGCGGCGGGGGCUACUGGGGGAAGAAGCCUGUGGGGCCGCCAUUGUCCUCGUCCUCGUCCUCCGGGAAGGCGGCCCCCUCAGCGCGGGGCUGGGCCCCGCUGGCCCUGGUGACGCUGUCCGCCAUCGCCACCCGCUUCCACCGCCUGCCCGAGCCGCCCCACGUCUGUUGGGACGAGACACACUUCGGGAAAAUGGGAAGUUACUACAUCAAUCGCACCUUUUUUUUUGAUGUCCACCCACCCCUGGGGAAGAUGCUGAUAGGACUAGCUGGCUACUUGAGCGGCUACGAUGGCACCUUCCCUUUCCAGAAGCCAGGGGACCGAUACGAGCAUCACAGCUAUGUGGGGAUGAGGGGGUUCUGUGCUUUCCUGGGCUCCUGUCUGGUCCCCCUUGCCUACCUCACAGUGCUGGAGCUGACCGGGUCCCUACCUGCAGCCUUGCUGGCGGCUGCCCUUCUGACCUUCGACACAGGUUGCCUCACUCUAUCUCAGUAUAUCCUCCUGGACCCCAUCCUGAUGUUCUUCAUCAUGGUUGCCACGCUGAGCAUGGUCAAAUACCACUCUUGUGCGGACAGGCCCUUCUCUACCCCGUGGUGGUUCUGGCUCACCCUGACAGGGACCAGUCUGGCUGGUGCUCUAGGGGUCAAGUUCGUUGGCCUCUUUAUUGUCCUGCAGGUAGGACUGAACACAAUUUCAGACCUCUGGGAACUGCUGGGAGACCUUAGUCUUACACUGGUAACGCUGGGGAAGCACUUGGUGGCUCGGAUCUUGUGUCUGAUUGCGCUGCCCCUUGCUCUCUACACAGCCCUGUUUGCUGUUCACUUCCUCGUGUUGAACAGAAGCGGUCCCGGCGAUGGUUUCUUCAGCUCUGCCUUCCAGUCCCGGCUGACGGGGAACACCCUACACAAUGCCUCCGUACCGGAGCACCUGGCCUACGGCUCUGUGAUCACGGUGAAGAAUCUCCGGAUGGCCAGUGGCUACCUGCACUCUCACUGGCACUUGUACCCGGAGGGAAUUGGCGCCCGCCAGCAGCAGGUCACGACGUACCUUCACAAGGACUAUAACAACCUGUGGAUUGUGAAAAAGCCCAGCGUCAACGUAGAUCCCGCCUUCCCGGUGGAAUUCGUGAGACAUGGAGACAUCAUUCGGCUGGAGCACAAAGAGACUUCGCGAAACCUACAUAGCCACCAGCACGAGGCCCCCAUGACCAGGAAGCACUAUCAGGUCACUGGCUACGGGGUGAACGGCACGGGAGACUCGAAUGAUUUCUGGCGGAUCGAAGUGAUGAACCGCAAAGCUGGGAACCGGAUCAAGGUGUUGCGCAGCCGGAUCCGACUGAUCCACCUGGCCACCGGCUGUGUCCUGGGCUCCUCGGGGAAGACGCUACCCAAGUGGGGCUGGGAGCAGCUGGAAGUCACUUGCACCCCUUACCUGAAGGAAACCCCCAAUUCUAUCUGGAACAUCGAGGACCACAUCAAUCCUAAAUUGCCAAAUAUCAGCCUGGAGGUGCUGAAGCCCAGUUUUCCUGAGAUCCUCCUGGAGUCCCACAUGGUCAUGAUCCGGGGGAACAGCGGCCUCAAGCCCAAGGAAAAUGAAGUCACAUCCAAGCCGUGGCACUGGCCCGUUAACUACCAGGGCCUGCGUUUCUCCGGCAUCAACGAGACAGACUAUCGCGUGUAUUUACUUGGGAAUCCAGUGGUCUGGUGGUUGAAUCUGCUGAGCAUUGGCCUUUACCUCUUCCUGGGAAGCAUCACCAUGGUGACCCUGCAGAGAGGAGUUUGCUUGCCGGCCGAGGCCAAAGGGCUGGCUCGGGUCCUGCUGCGUGGAGGGGGUCAGGUGCUGCUGGGCUGGCUGCUCCACUACCUCCCGUUCUUCGCCAUGGGCCGAGUCCUCUACUUCCAUCACUACUUCCCAGCCAUGCUUUUCUCCAGCAUGUUAACAGGGAUCACCUGGGACACCUUCCUGAGGUUCUGCGCCUGGCGCCUGGCAUCCUUUCACCUGGCUAGGAGGGUGCACGUGUUUGGGAUCCUGAGCAUGAUUCUGGGUACCGCCUACAGCUUCUACCUUUUCCACCCUCUGUCCUAUGGAAUGGUUGGUCCCCUGGCUCAGGACCCCCACAGCCCAAUGGCAGGACUAAGGUGGCUGGACUCAUGGGAGUUUUAGAGCACACGACGGCUUCCCGGAAGGCUCCCGGCGAGCCACCGAGGACCAAAUCCAGAGGAAAUCAACCGUGGAUCUGGCUCCUGGUGCUCCCUCAGGCAAGUAGCUGGAGGAACGUUCUUCCCGCGAGGACGCUGGCAAGCCUGCUGCCCCCAAUCCUCCCGUUCUCUGCAACACAGUCCGCGAGGCCCGAGACUCCGACCGCAAGUCCCAUAGACGUUCUUCUGGGGCAGUUUUGGGGUGGAACGUCUCCCUCUCGGGGUAAUCUGGGUUCGUCAGUGAGUGAGCAAAGGGGGUGUGCGGGGGGGAAGGGGGUUCUCUUCACUCACUCUCUGGGGUCUUGAGGUAUGUGUGCAAGAAAUGUCGCCAGGUGUGUGAGCCUUAGAGGGACUGGUUGUAUGCAAGAUCAGUUGACAGGAUAUCAAAACGUCGUGACAUCAAGUGUCGGUUUAGGGUGAUCAGUAGCUUUUUGAGGUGGUGUUUCACGUUGGAGUUUGUCUUGGCUGGACGUGCUGUUAGUCCUUGGGUGAGGGAGCGAGUGAUCGUAAAGGGGCUCUGAAAGGGCUGUUGGGGGGGCUCGAGGCCUGGCCGGGACACACCCGGGCGGAGCAGAUGCGGGGUUGGCGAGACUCUCUGGUCCUCGUUUCCUUCUACCGAACCAACAUCACCCCCGAAUGAGGGACGGGCCCAGAUCCAGAGACCCCAGGUCUCUUCUCGUGGGACUCCCGCUCACCCCGCCAGGCGCCCCUCUGCCAUUUAGUGGGUGUUUUCAGUGGCAGCUGACCGCCUGCUUCCCUGCCUGGGAUCUAGACAGGAGUUGCGCAUCCUAGGGAGAAAAGGAUCAGUCCGUCAGUCCGUCCAUUGCAUUUCCUGAGCACUCACUGUGGGUCGAGCACAGCACCGAAGCGCUCGUGAGAGUCCACCAGAGUUCAUUUGGUACAGUCGCUGCCUUCGAGGAUUUUACAGUCUAGCAGGGGGUCCUGUAUGUUGUUUGGUUCCCCUCCUUUCGUCUUGUCUCCCAGCCCCUGGUGGGGCACCAGAUCUCAGCCAUUUGGCCUGGGAAACGCUCCCACUGAGGUUGCUUCUGCUCGAAGUGUUUCCAGUUGCCUGUUCCCUUAGGCAGGUGAGAGUUGUGCCGGAGGAGGAGGAGGGAGGUCCAGAUCUUUGACCCUUGGAGGUGAGGAGCCUGGAGGUCACAGGGGUCUUUUUCCCUUUCCCGAAGACCGGCCCCUCCCUCCUCAUCCGCCCCUUCCCCAGCAGAAGGGAAUGAGAAAGCCGAAGGAGAGCCUCCCGGCUCCAGCAUCUCUGGCCGUGAGGAGCUGACCGCCCACGCCCAUCCUGGAGGUCUCGCGGCUGGUUUACUGCCCUGAGGGAUGUUUAAACAUCCAGCGCCCGUCCAGUUACCUCCUGCCCCGUGUAUCCUCCGCCCUCCUCCCCCCACCACAAGUCCCCACGGGCUCCGAAGCUGAGGGGGGGCAGGAGGGCCGAGAGGAGGGGAGGUCACGGCUCUCUGGAACGCACCCGGGGAGGUGGUUGCCAUGGCGACGGGGAACGGGUCCCGGGCACUGGCUGUGCUGCCUGGCAGGCGGGGGAGGGGAGGCCGCAGGCGGCUCGGGGCCCUCUCGCUGGUUCAGACGGACCAUCAUUAGUACUAAUAGAGGAAAUGCCGCCGGGUCCAAAGCCGGGCAGGUUGGCUAAUUAGAUCUGGGCCCUGCUGACCUUUGCCUUCCGAGAGGCCGGGGCCCUCUUCGCUUCCCCCAGCAGGAAGCGCCGCGAGAGCCGAGUCUGGGUGGGCUAAUUGCAUUUGUCAAACAGGGAGGGUGGGCUUGGUCGGGGGGCGGCGAGGGAGGACCUGACUUCCCCUCCUCCCGCAAGGCCAGUUUGUCAAGAGCUGGGCAAGAGGCCAGAGAAGCUGCCUCCCGGUGCCAAGGAGUCACAUCACCCCCCGGCCCUGGGUAUCGUGUUUUAUUGGGAGGGGCGGAGGGGAGGGAACUGAUCGUGCCCUUCAGCUGGGGAGGUUCUGGGGUCUGGCCUGGUGUUGCUGCCGCCGUUGCCCUGACGGGGCUGGACUCUCUCUCCCGGCCUGGAACGGUCAGUUCUGACUCUCAGGUUAACCAUCCAGUGGCUUCACUUCUCUCUCUUCAUCCCCUCCUCCCCAACUUCUCCGUGCCUUUCCCCUUGAUUCCCCGGAAUCCCCCAGAUAGUCACGCUCUGUCAAGGGAGGGUCCGCUGUGGGUCUCUGAGCCAAGGGAACCAGCUCGCUUCAUCUCUCUACAGUUUAGCAAAAAGCUCCCUCUUGCCCCCUGGGCGCUCCCUCCGGCUUCUGUCCUCAGGGUAAGAUGAACUCACUUCCUGGACCGGCAGAGAGGCCUCUUCCUCGGCCUCCUUUGUGACUUUCUGGCGGGAGGUGUGAGCUCAACCUGAGCCGUUUGCUUCUCUUCUCUGGGCGAGCUAUGGCCGAACCCAGAGUGGAGCCAACGAAUCCGUGUCAUGGAAGGAUUCUGACAUCCCAGGCUAACAGCCUAGGUAAAUCCAGAGAGUUGGGAGCCAACCCCCCUUUAAUUCUAAGCUCCGGCAGGGUCUCUCCCCUUUUUCUCUUGUGCUUUGAGGGGCUGCCUGGGGCUGACACAGCCUUCAGGUAAACUGCCAUUCUGUCUCUGCCGGGCUCCGCCCAGGCCUUUCCUCAUCCUUCUAACAUUGGGAGGGAGUGGUAGUCCGGGCAAACCUUAAUCACCCCCGCCCUCAGUUUUUGUAGCCUCUCACGGGCCACCUCCAAGCCCGUUCGAAUGGACCCUCAGCUUCUUCCAGACCCCAACGCCCACAGUGGCCCGUGGUUGGGGGUGGUGUGUCCGGCCGGAGGGAUUGGUGAUCACAAGCUUCUGCUGCCCCAUAGGUGCCAGCCUCAUCCUUCUCGCCAGCCCCCCUCCCACCGAGCCAGAGGAAGGCUUGGGAUUGUUUCUGCUUCACGGGCCAUAGGCCCCAGCUCCUAAGGUAUUUUGGGGGCCGGGAGAGACCCUUCCCGGCAGCCCUUUGGAGCCUCUUCUUCCCAGAGUCCAUCUGGCGGCACUGAUUAUCUCCUGGCAAACUCUUCCGGUUUAGACCUGUGGAAGUGGGUUCUUUCUGUGAACAGGAGCACUGUUAGCCCCAUCAGCUUGGGGCCGUUUCUGGCUGGGCGCACUGUUUGGGCAACCCCUGGGAACGCCCCCCCGGCAGCGUCACCUUGUGCCUCCUCUUCUGCUCCUCAUUGAAAUAAACCCAGGGUAGCCAGAAGGUAGAGGGCUUACAGAGUGGGUGCAACUCCCCUCCUUGCUCCUUUCUAAGAUCGGGGGCUUCCCAGGACUUCCAGCAGGUAUUUUCCGUCGAAAGCCAUUGGUUCUAAUGUCAGCCAGGGAUAUCGAGCCUCGGUCUCCUCUUUCCCCCGUCGGAACCUUUCUCUGUCUGAUUCCCGGAAAUCCCCGAUUCUGGGGGAGAGGGCCGGGGAGAAGAACAGGCUUCUGGGGCCUGAAUUUCUGCCAUCGGGGCAGUGGUCAGGGGUGGGAGGGCACAAGCUAGGCACCAGCCAUUCUUCUUGUGCUUCCCUUCUUUUGGCAUCCCUGAUGCCACCCCUGCUGCUGCUUGCCAAGGGGAGGGGGAGAUGCAGACCCUCACUCCUCUUUUCCCAACAACCUCUUUCCACGGGAUCCCGGUCCCGCGCCGGCAGAUGCUUCAGGCAGGACGGGACCGCAAGUGUUGGUGUGACCUCAGGUGUUAAGGCUCUGCGAGGGAAGAGUGUAUGCAUGCUUGUGUCCGUGUGUCUAAACCGCAUAUCAUCAAAGAAAGAAGUUUCCAGUAAAGGGACUGGAUGGAAGGGAGGGGACUCUCCGGGGCUGACGGUGUUUUUUUUGCGAUGGGGCUGCAAGGAAAACUAUCAGGAUCAUUUGCAAUUUAGUUUUGUAAUAAAUAGCUCUUGUUUUGAAUGUCA